ACAGCAGCCAACAUCAGAUAAACCAUUAUUAGCGUUGAAAACUAGCGUAUAAACAGAACAUUUCUCAUUCCCUUUCAUUGUUGCUAUAAAUAUGCAUUACAAUGUCAAACCACAUUAGAGUAGGCCUAGUAGUACAACAAAUCUGAUUCGGCAACUGGAACACGAGUGAUGGGCUCAUUCAUCAAAGGAUAUGCCUUCCGCUAUGGAACUCCCCUGCAUGCCGAGUCAUUGCUAGGCUUAGCAUGUAGCCUGUAUGCUUUCGUUUAUUUAUAUGCAACGCAACGAUGUAGAAUUUGGGCAAUAUUUUUCUAAUCUGUUGUUACAAAGUGCGUUUGCAUAUGGCUUCAGCAAAAGAAGGGAGCGCAGCUGCUCAAGAUGUAGUGUGGCGCCUAAUCGGCCCAGUCUCCGAGCUGUCUAAUCGACAGUGCCGUCUGAUCUAUUCCUCUUUCGGUUAUGACUCUGAUGUUUGCCUCUUUCGUGUUAAAGGGGAUUUUUUUGCGAUGGAUGCACGCUGCUCUCAUUCGGGUGGACCUCUAUGUGAUGGAGACAUUGAGGAAGCAGAUGAUGUCCUUCAAGUCUUCUGUCCAUGGCAUGACUAUGAUUUCAAUCUCAGAACAGGGAAGUCCAAUACUGGGUUACAGCAACAAGUGCAUGAAGUCAAGCUCGAGGAUGGCAGUGUCUUUGUGAAACAUGCAAGCUUCCUCUCGCUGAAACCCUUCCCUCUGGGGUCGAAGGACUGAGUUACGGCUUUGGUCGUGUCAAGCGGCCUGUUUGUGCAUAUGGAAUCUCUUGCAACCACGCUUCUACUUAAGAUUUAUGGUAAACCAUGUGGAUACUAGAGACAGUCCAGGCUGUGUCAGUGCUUUCCCACUCAUAUCUGGCAUCACCAAAUAUCUGGUUAAUAUCAGUGGACAUGUCUCAAAGGAAUAUUUUGGUGUCUUUUUUGUCUCACAAACUGUCUGUAGCACAAGGUCAUUUUUGGAGGUUUUGAUCAUAAGAAAUACUCAGACAUUUAGCUGGUGUGCUAUAUUUGUCCUUGUUCUAAUGUCACAGACUGAACGUUAUAAUUAUUUUACAUGUUGUUUUGUUGUCCCUCUUCUGCGGCAGAUAUUCUAGUAUUUGUUCAACCUUUUUGGCAGAUUUAAAGUAAUAUGCAAUCACAACACUAAUGGUGGAUGGAUGACUGAUUUAUUUGAACUGAACUGAAAUUCUACCUCAUUGUUAUUCACCUUAUAUCACAUUGAUGUCAUUCAGGAUGUCAUUAUAACACUUGUGUAGUCUACACUAAUACAAAUGCAAUGUAAUGGCUAAUCAAGCUUAAUUUAACAACUCUUAUUCAUUCAAGGAUUUAUUUUAUUCAACAUGAUCCCAAAACAGAAGUAAUGCACAAAAAAUGUCAUGUUGAAUGUUUCUAGGUUCACAAGAUACACUUAAUUGUUUGUCAGAAGUGUGUCUAGCCAAUUAAUAUUCUUUUGUAAUAAUUUAGUUUUAAUAAACAUAAUUUACCAAACUGUUGGGUGUUCAUUAUAAGACAUUGUAGAAACUGAAGGAAAGCUAAUUGUCACUAUGUAGUGAGGUGCUAAUCACUGAGGCAUUAUUAAAAUGGAAUUUUAAUGAGCUCUCUGUUACUU